GGUGUGUGCCCUGCAGCUGGGGGGCGGGGUUGGAUUUCUUGGAGUGGGGAGCAGUCUCCGGACAGGAUGUAAGAGAGGAACUGGGGUCUCCAGUCACGGGAGCCGGCCAGGACUGCAGGCAGGAAGGGAACGUGGCUGCCGUCGCCCUCUCAGCAUGGGGGUCCCCUGGCCUCUGCCCUGGGGUCUCCGGCUGCUGCUGCUCCUCCUGCCUGGGACACUGGGCACAGCCAGCCAGCUCUCCCUCCUGUACCACCUCGCCGCCGUGACCGCCCCUGCCGACGGGACCCCCUCCUUCUGGGUGUCGGGCUGGCUGGGGCCUCAGCAGUACUUGAGCUACGAUAACCUGAGGGCCCAGGCCGAGCCCUACGGGGCCUGGGUCUGGGAGAACCAGGUGGCCUGGUACUGGGAGAAGGAGACCACAGACCUGAGGAACAAGGAGAAGCUCUUCCUGGAAGCUCUCCGCACCCUGGAGGAAGGAGGUUCCUACACCCUGCAGGGCCUGCUGGGCUGUGAGUUGGGCCCUGACAACUCCUCAGUGCCCACGGCCAAGUUUGCCCUGAACGGUGAGGAGUUCAUGAGUUUCGACCCCAAACUGGGCAACUGGUCUGGGGACUGGCCCGAGGCCCUCACCAUCAGUGCCAAGUGGACGCAGCAGGCCGAGGCGGUCAGGACGGAGACGACCUUCCUGCUCAGCUCCUGUCCCCAGCGCCUGCUGGGCCAUCUGGAGAGGGGCCGUGGAAACCUGGAGUGGAAGGAGCCCCCCUCCAUGCGCCUGAGGGCCCGACCGGGCAGCCCUGGCUUUUCCGUGCUCACCUGCAGUGCCUUUUCCUUCUACCCACCGGAGCUGCAACUGCGAUUCCUCCGGAAUGGGCUGGCAGCUGGCUCCGGGGAGGGUGAUCACGGCCCCAACGGAGACGGGUCCUUCUAUGCCUGGUCUUCGCUCACCGUUAAAAGUGGCGACGAACAUCUCUACCGCUGCCUUGUGCAGCACGCAGGGCUGCUGCAGCCCCUCACCGUGGAUCUGGAAUCGCCAGCCAAGUCCUCGGUGCCAGUGGUUGGAAUUGUCAUCAGCAUCAUGCUGCUGAUGGCAGCAGCUGCAGGAGGAGCCCUGCUGUGGAGAAGGAUGAGGAAGGAGCUGCCAGUCUUCUGGGUCUCCCGCCGCGGGGAUGAUGUAGGGGCCCUCCUGCCCACCCCUGGCCGGCCCCAGGACUCCAACUUUCAGGAUGCGUUGCCAGCGGCUACCUGACCCACCCUAGUUUGGCUGCUGUCAGCUCAUGUCUUUCGUCGUCUCCCUUUCACGCUGUGAGACCUCCGGAUGGAAUCCUGGCAUCUCUGAGCCUCCAGAAGGAUCCUGGGCCCAAUGUCCUCCUUCUGGACCAGUUCUCUUGUAGCCUGCCUCAGUUUCCUCCCCUGAUAUAUAUGGCUCCUUUCCAUCUCCACAUAUAUAACAUGAUUUGGG